UCCAUGGCGGGUGCGGAUGUAUUGAAGGACGACUAUGAUGCGCAAAACUUUUGGAACUCGUUUGGCAUGUAUCAUCAACAGUGACAGUGAAUCGAAUCCCCUUCCUUGCAUAGUUGCAGCAAACAGCAUAGCUAACCCUCCUCACCUUGCCUUGACCUUAAGUGAUUUUCAUGUUCAGCCCAUCUCAAGACGGAAACGCCGUCCACUGUCAGCAUUCAAAACAGCUACCGCCUCAGGCAGAACACAACGAACAUGCUAGACCUCUGCAUUGGGAGAUAGCCUGACAUGAUUUUGCUCCUGGUCUGUGGGACUCUACUCGUCGCGCUCGCUGUACUGCUCUUUUUACAUCGUGUUGUUUCUCUCUCGUCGGUACCUCUCUACACGAGCGUCUUGGGCUUUCUCGCCUUCUUUCUACCGAGCUCGAUCGUCGUCAUCCUUCCACUCGACCUAGCCCAUGGUGCACGUCAUUUUGAUGAGACUGAAGAUGCUGCCACAUUGGAGCAACGUAUUUUGCUGAAGCUAUGGCGAUCAGAAUACUGGAUCUCCUUUGCACUCACAUUAACGCUUCUACCUUUGAUGCAAUCCUUUGUCGAGUCUGGUUUCAUUCUUGACCUCAGCAAACGACUCAGAUCUUCUGUAAGAGACAAUUUGCGAUUUCAAGCGCUCUAUCUUGGCCUCGGCUCCGUUGGCCUGAUCUACAUUGUCGCUACCACCCAAUCCAGACUAUUCAACUCACCACAAGCAUUCAAGGCAUUUCUCAUCGCCCUGGCGAAUACUUGGGGUUUGUUUCUUGCACUCACCUUCAUGGGUCAUGGCCUGAUUGGCGUGCCAAAACGGCUCUGGCAAACUGCCAGUGUGGCCGAGCAGAUCGCGGAUUGUGAGGCCAAAGCAACAUCUGUGAUGGACCAACUUACGAGAGCCAAGGAAGACGAAGCAGCUCUGGCCAAAGAGGUUGUGAGUUUUGAUGCUGCAUUAAGCUCAGAGUAUCAUCAAGCUUGGGUCGCGGAGAUCAUCAGUCUUAUGCCAGAAGCCAUUCUACAAGCACAAUCGCACCAACCAGAUAAUGGUCUAAGAUCCUUCUGGUCUCGAGCUGGUACAUCGCGAACUGCUCAAGACAGAAGCGACGUAAGUGACGAUAGACUUGCGGCCCUGACACGUCGUGUGCGCAGUGUUGCUGAACGUCGAGACCGGUAUACUUCCGCUUGGGCCCAUCUGCUCAAGAGCUACGAGUCCCUGACACGGCCUGACACGAGAGGCACGAACAGCCGCGUACUGCGUGAGUACAUACGACCAUUGGCUCAACGUUGUAUUGCACUUUGUCUGGCCAUGCUCUCAUUUGCCAUCAUUUGGGCGGAGCUGUUUGUCAAUCAGGAGAAACCCUUUCUACGCUUUUUGGUUUUGCCAAUUUCACGGAGCAAGAGCUGGACUAUGGAGGUCUUUUCGGGGCUGCUGCUCACGUACAUGUGCAUCUGCACAUACUCAACGCUCUUGCGCAUCCGUCUUUUCAAUCGACAUGCACUGCUCGAUAGGCAACACACGUCGCAAUCCUCGUUAUUCUUUUACGGUUCUUACUGCUGUCGAGUCACCAUCCCGCUGAGCUACAAUUUCAUCAGCCUGUUGCCAGCCGAUUUGCGCAACGUCAGUGUCUUUUCACAGUUUUUGGGCAAGGCCAUCGACCUGCAGCCACUUGGCAAGGCGUUCAAUGACUGGUUGCCAUUGUACAUACUCGUGCCCGUUGCGCUGACACUGGUGGAUGUCAAACGGCUAGGACUUGCCUGGCUGCAAGAUGAAGACGAUGAGUCUGCACAAGACGCAGCAAACAUGCAGCUGACGGAGGGCCGUAAUCUACUCAAGCACCAUCUUGCAGAGUCUCAUGGUUUGGUAGGAAAUCGAUGGGCAUCCGAUGCGGACGCACGUUCAGUCGUUACACCCUUUCGCGACGACGCAGCUGAAGAGCAGAGCACGGUGCAAAAGACCUGGACGCGCUUUACUGAUAACGUGUCUGACUCCUUGCAAAGCCUCGGAGACUUGAUCAAGAAUACCAGGCACUGAUAGCAGUGCACAUCCCGUCGAUACCCGCCGUGUGACAAUUGCGGCAUCCUCCGGAUCAAUUGUGGGGUCGAAAUUGCUGUGCAGAU